CUGGUUUCCGUCUCUUUGUGGAGAAAUUAGCUCAUCUACCUUCAGUCCAGUGAAGAGGAACACACCACCACUCACCAUGUUCACUGUUCUUUCCCUGCUUCUACUGACAGGAGCACACAGGGCGACGGCUCGGCUUCACUCUCUGAAGUAUUUCCUCACUGCAUCGUCUCAAGUCCAAAACCUUCCAGAGUUUGUGGCUGUUGGUUUGGUUGAUGAUGUUCAGAUCGGAUACUAUGACAGCAACACAAUGAAAGCAGAACCCAAACAGGACUGGAUCGUAAAGGCAACUGAUUCACAGUUCUGGGAGAGGCACACUCAGAAUGCUUUGAGAUUACAGCAGUUCUUCAAAGACCGCAUUGAAACCUUAAAGGAACGCUUCAACCAAACUGGAGGUCUUCACAUUUACCAGUUGAUGUCCGGAUGUGAAUGGGACAAUGAGACUGGAGAAGUUAAUGGUUUUGAGCAGCAUGGUUAUGAUGGAGAAGAUUUCAUAUCAUUGGACCUGGAGACAGAGACGUGGAUCGCUCCAACACUACAGAGUGUCAUCACCAAACUGAAGUGGGAUCAGGAUAAAGCUCAACUCGCACAUAAUAAGUACUACUACCUCCAGGAGUGUCCUUCCUCUGUGAAGGAGCUCCUGGAGCUUGGGAGGAGCUCUCUGCUGAGAUCAGAGCUUCCCAGGAUUUCUCUCCUCCAGAAGUCUCCCUCCUCUCCAGUCACCUGCCACGCUACAGGUUUCUACCCUGAAAGUGCCGUGUUGUUCUGGAGGAGAGAGGGGGAGGAGCUUCAUGAGGACGUGUUCCAGGGAGAGGUCCUCCCCAACCAUGAUGGAACCUUCCAGAUGAGCGCUGACCUGACGGUUUCCUCCAUCUCCCCUGAAGACUGGAGGAGGUACGACUGUGUGUUCCAGAUCUCUGGUGUGAAGGAGGACAUCGUCACCAAACUGGACAAAGACUCAGUCCAGUCCAACAGAGAGAAGCCCAUCAGCGUGACCAUCAUCAUCAUCAUCAUCAUCAUCACUGCAGUGGUCGCUCUCGCUGUCAUUGGAUUCAUCAUGUACAGGAGGAAGAAAGCCCAAAGUACCUCACCUGCUGGAAAAGAUCCAGGUGCCUCAGAGCCGCUGAGAUCAGGUGAUGGAGGUUCUAAUUCUCCAAGUGAGACGUCCUCCUGAACACAGUUUAUGGACGAGAAGCAGUGUCACCACAGUCUCCCUCUUACGCUGGGAACUCAUUGAUUAUUCAUGACUCAAAUCAUAAAAUGAUAUUCAGGCUCAGACAUUGAUUGAAAUACAAACAACACAACUGACAAAUAUGAAAAAUAAAUGGUGGCUUCGAUUAAAUUUGAUCUUUGUCUUAAAAAUAAUAAAUAUAAUUAACCUGGAGUGAAGUAAAACACAUUUUCAAAAACAAUGAAAGUAUCACAGCACUGUUCACAUGCAGUUAAUUUACAGAUCGUCAUAGUUACAGUUUUAUAUUCCUGAUGUUGGGGCAUCCUUGUAAAAUCAUUAAAAUAAAACAAAUCUAAAUCUAAAUAUAUAGACACCCACACAUCCUCAUUUUUAAGGAUCUGGAAAUAUUAUCUGUUUUAUGAUUUAGAUUAUAUUUGAGCAUCAGUACAAAAUUUGUUUUCAAGAUGUGUAAAUAUUCAGAUUUUAUUUUAUUUCUAUUUUGGCCUGAACAAGAAAUGAAUUAAUCCAGAGUUGCUUGUUUUGUUUGUUUGAUUGUAUUGAUGCUUUUCUGUGUUCUUCACCUUUAAAGUUCAUUUGAGUGGAGAUCAUAAAAAGGUUGUGGGAUGUUUUAAGUAUCUCAUGUGAAAUGUUUUGUUAAUAUUUAUAAUGUUAGUUUUUAGGGACUUUUCAGUUUUAGCCUUGUUAACAUUUACACUGCAAAAAUGAAAAGGUUCAAACGGCGCAAAAUUACUGAACUUAUCUGUUGUGAGUUUAAAAACUUCAUAUUUUCUCAAAGCUGCGAGUUCUAGUGUCCCUGCUCGUCCAUUAAAUAUUCUCUUGUUGAUUAUAUAUAUAAAUCGUAGCAUCACAAUUUCACGUUUUCAUUUUUACAGUGUAGAAACUGAACAUUUGAGGCUCAAUUUUUCUUCUUGUGUUGGGUUUUUAUAAAUAAAUGUUAAAUUAAUCUGCUUUGCUGUUUCAUUUCUUUUGUACUUGUGUUUUUAAUAAAGUCUCUGAUGUUCUCUGGGA